UUCUGAAUUCUAAAUUGUUUUGUUAGGCAAUCUUAACUUCUCAAGUGUGCAUGUUUCCAUUGAGCUUCUUUUCGAAGGGAGAAUAUGAGAUUGAAAGAAGAAAAGGAGUGAGAAGGAAUAAAAACUGAGCAAGCUCUUCCACAGCAACGCCUAAUAUCAAAACCAUGAACAACAACAGCCAUGGAGAAGAACAUCAGCGUGAGAAAGAAAGCCUUGAUUCACGAUUCAACCAGACCCUCAGAAAUGUCCAAGGUUUGCUUAAAGGUCGCAGUAUUCCUGGUAAAGUGUUAUUGACCAGAAGGCCGGAUCCACUCGACAAUUCAGGCUUGGAGGAACGAUCUCCUAGUUAUCAAAGAAGCUUCUCACAGAAUGAUGCUGGCACAAUUUAUGACAUGGACAAGUCCAUGGAGAAUACUAAUAACUCAGAUAGUAAUACAACUAAUAAGUUAAGAUCUUCAACCUCAAACAUUGAGAAUAAUGCUAAAGAAGUCCAUAAGUCUGUGAUGGACGCUAGAGCUACAGAUUCUGUCAGGGUUACGAAGUUUACCAGAGAGCUCUCAGGGCAAAUGGUCAUAUUAGAGAGAUUACGUGAGUUAGCUUGGAGUGGUGUUCCACCUUACAUGCAUCCUAACAUAUGGAGACUUCUGCUGGGAUAUGCACCACCUAAUUCAGAUAGAAAGGAGGGAGUUCUAAGGAGGAAACGCCUUGAGUAUCUUAAUUGUGUUGCUCAAUUUUAUGACAUUCCAGACACUCAACAGUCAGAUGAUGAGAUUAAUAUGCUUCUCCAGAUUGCUGUUGAUUGUCCUAGAACUGUACCUGAUGUUGCUUUCUUUCAGCAAGCACCAGUUCAAAAAUCCUUGGAGCGCAUUCUUUAUACAUGGGCCAUUCGGCAUCCUGCAAGUGGAUAUGUGCAGGGGUUAAAUGAUCUUGUCACACCCUUUCUAGUUGUCUUCUUAUCAGAGUACUUAGAAGGGAGCAUAGAUAGUUGGUCAAUUUCUGAUAUAUCUUCAGAGAACAUCUCCAACAUAGAAGCUGAUUGUUAUUGGUGCUUAUCAAAGUUGCUUGAUGGAAUGCAAGACCGUUACACAUUUGCUCAACAAGGAAUCCAGAGGCUUGUAUUUAAGCUGAAGGAAUUGGUUAGGCGCAUUGAUGAACCUGUUUCUAGGCAUAUGGAGGAACAAGGACUUGAAUUUGUUCAAUUUGCUUUUCGCUGGUUCAGCUGUCUACUGAUACGUGAGGUAAGGUUUAAUCCCACUAUCACAUGCAUUUGUUUAAAUAUCCUGCCUUUCAAAUUUUGUCUGAUUGACAAACUGGUCCUACCUUCAAUUUUUCUGGUGGCUCUGUUAGAUUUAUUUAUUUGUUCUUUUUUUUGUUUAAUAGAUCCCUUCCAUCUGGUAACCCAUCUAUGGGACACCUAUCUUGCUGAAGGAGAUGCACUGCCUGAUUUCCUUGUGUACAUGUUUGCCAGUUUUCUUUUAACGCGGUCAGAUAAACUUCAGAAGCUUGAUUUCCAAGAGUUGGUGAUGUUCCUUCAACACCUUCCAACUCACAACCGGACAUAUCAAGAGCUUGAAAUGGUACUUUCCAGGGCAUAUUUGUGGCACAGUUUGUUUAACAGCUCUCCCAACCACUUGGCUAGCUAAAUAGAAAUUUUAUGUUUACUAUUUAUUGACCAGUUACCUCUCUGUCUCCCUUAAAUUCUAUUUCUUUGUUGAUCAAAAUGGUUCAAGUACCAAUGUCCAUGUUUUUCUUUGCAAUUAGAGGCCAAGAAAUGUUCCUUGUAUUGUGGCAUAUAAUUUCACAUAUCUGUAAUACCAAGCUAGUAUUCGUUUGUACAUCUUCCUUGAGCUUAAGGAAGAACAUUUUCCUUGUAUAACAAAUUUUUAUUUCUAUCAACAGAGCUGGGAGAGACUGGUGUUUGAUUUUUUUUUUUUUAU